AUGAUCAUCUCACGGGCCUUGAUGGUGCUCAACAUUAAUGGCUCCAUUGUCGCCCUCGGGCUGCUAACGCCGGUUGUUAUUCCUUUCAAUGGCCACAGAGAAGUUGUCCAACUCGACGCAAUGUUCUCCAAUGUCAGCCUCAGGCUGUCCAAAAACAAUCUAUCGGGCACGAUCCCCCCGGACUUUGGCAACUUUUCCCCGCUCAGAAGAUUCGAAGUGGCCUACAACAACUUGACCGGUGCAUUUCCAGAACAACUGUGCCAUGGCGGCACGCUCUCCUGGUUGGCCGCUAUGGACAACAAUCUCAACGGGAGUUGCCGAAGUCACUUGGAAAUUGCAGUACUUUGUCCCAUCUUCCGAGGAGCUGUCCCAAACCUCACUCGGAUCGAGAUGAGCAACAACAAAUUCUUCGGCAAGAUUCCGAGCACGGUGUCUUCGUGGAGGAACAUGGCGGUGUUUGAGGCCGGUAAUAACCUCCUCAGUGGCACGGUUCCGACUGAAUUGACCGAGCUUCCUAAGCUGACGAGGCUUUUGCUCGGUCAGAACGAGCUCUCCGGGAUUCUUCCCACGGACAUCGGACCAAUCCCGGCCAAGUUAGAGAACGCCGCAUAUGACACCAGUUUCCUGAACAACCCCGGGCUCUGUGCAUCCAAUUCGUUCAUGAGGAUCAAUCUCUGCAACGCCCAAUCCCAUAGGUUGAGCAAGACCAAUCUCACCUUGAUCGUGAUCUUGGCCAUUGCGGCAGCGAUGUGCGUGUUGUUGGUGGUGCUAUUCACGAUCAGAGCUUCCAGAAAGAACAGGAUUGGAUUGAAGGAGCAUAAUGUGAUUGGAAGUGGCGGAUCAGGAAAAGUAUAUCGCAUUAUUGUGAAUCCUUCUGGUGACGCCGUCGCUGUGAAAAGGAUUUGGAAUAACAAAAAGUUAAAUGAGAAGCUGGAAAAGCAAUUGCAGCAGAAGUGGAGAUACUUGGGAACAUCAAGCAUCGGCACAUUGUCAAAUUGUUAUGCUGUAUUUCUUGCGAGAACUCGGAAACUCCUAGUGUAUGAGUACAUGGAAAAUAGCAGCUUGGACCAUUGGCUUCACAAGAAGAAAGGAUCGUCGCCCAUCCCAGGUGUCGCCAACAAUAUGAUCUUGGAUUGGCCCAAAAGGUUGCAGAUUGCGCUUGGAGCAGCUAAAGGACUUUGCUAUAUGCAUAACGAUUGUUCAUCACCCAUCAUCCACCGAGAUGUGAAAUCGAGCAACAUUCUCUUAGACUCAGAGUUCAACGCAAAAUUGCUGACUUCGGCCUUGCAAGGAUCUAUGCCAGUUCGCCUUCUUCAUACUUUACAUAUGUUGGAGAAAUCUUUCCAGGAAGAUUUUGGAAGAGUAUGCCUCAUGACAAGAGUCAAUGAGAAGAUUGAUGUCUAUAGCUUUGGGGUGGUUCUCUUGGAAACUAACCACUGGGAGGAGGCUAACGACAGGGACGAAGACAUGUGCCUCGCUGAUUGGGCAUGGCGUCACAUCCAAGAUGGCAACCCGAUAUCUGACGCAUUAGAUGAGGAGAUCAAGGAUGACUCAAACGUAGAUGAAAUAAGCAAUGUUUUUAAGCUCGGGAUCUUUUGCUGCUACUCUGCCUUCCACGAGGCCUACAAUGAAGGAGGUACUGCAAGUGCUGCUUCAAAUGUAGCGAUCCGCUGUACAAUGUCGAGAAGAAAUCCCAACACAAGUUCGAUGUCGUCCCACUCCUCGAAAAUUCCAAGCAUGAGGAAAUGCCAAGCAGCAAUUUUCAUGUUCUUGAGUGCAACACUUACUGAACGUUAG